AUGAACGUGGCUGCAGAGCUUGGCAACUUUCUACAUGUCUGUUGUUACGCUCACACCCUAAACCUCGCCUGCCAACGAGCGCUGAAGUUGCCCGCUGUAGCCCGACUGUUGGGUCGAGUCAGACGGAUCACCGCCUUCUUCCACCGCAGCAGCACAGCCAGUCAUGUGCUGGAACAAAAGCAGGCCCUACUCGAACUGCCUAAACACAAACUGAAGACAGAUGCUCCAACAAGGUGGAAUAGUGGCUUUGACAUGGUUGAUCGGUUCCUUGAACAGCUGGCUGCCAUCUGCGCUGUGCUCCUCUCCCCUCAAGUGAGGAAAGGUGCGCAUGACAUCUGCACACUGAGUGAGGGAGAUGUGUCUGGCGCUGAACACCUUGUGAAGACCCUCAAGCCCAUGAAAUUGGCCACCACCACAAUGUCUGAGGAAAGCAUGCCUACUCUCUCAAUCAUUGCCCCACUACACACACAGCUCCUGACUGACUUCACCCCUGCACCAGAGGAUGAAGAUUUGAGGAAGAGAUACACAUCUACAAAAGAGAGGCACACACUCCAUACAGCAUCUUGCCUGGAUCCUCGCUUUAAAGCUCUCCCAUUCCUUUCAGAGGAUGAAAAAGUGGAGACAUACAGCAGAGUGACUACAGAGGCUGCAUCAUCCCUCGAGGUGAUGAGGCAAGAGGCUGAAGUCCCUGAGGGGGAAGGUGAUGACAUGGCUGAGGGGCAUGAUGACGGUGAGGAGGAUGAUGCAGUUCAGAAGGUUUGCGACGAAGCCCUGAAGCUGGAUGAAGAUGGCCCUUCCACGCCCUCUACCUCAAGACCAUCUUCUCUGACUGCACUGCUGGGCCAAACAUUUAAUAUUGCUGUCACCACAGCAGAGCCCAAGUCGGCACACACCAGGGCUGAGGAAGAGGUUCGUAUGUAUCUGGAGGCCCCUUCACUUCCUCUCACCGAUGACCCCCUUGAGUGGUGGAGCACCAACCAUCAUGUGUAUCCUCUCCUAGCUAAGCUGGCCAAACGAUAUUUAUGUAUCCCAGGUACGAGCGUUGCUGCAGAGAGAGUGUUCUCCACUGCGGGAGACAUUGUGUCAGCACAACGGAGCACACUCACGCCACAACAUGUGGACCAGCUGGUCUUCCUCCAUAAGAAUCUGGUCAUUCCAGAGCUAUGAAUGUUUAGUACAACUUGAUUGCUCACAAGUUAGUGUGUUGCAUUUUGUCACUGUGUUCUACAGUACAGUAUAUAAGCUGAAGCUACAGUAAGUUGUUCAAAAAUGUUCAUUUUGUCUUCUUAAUGAUUAAAUUGGACAAUUUUCUUCU